AUGAAUGAUGAUGUUGAAGAUGAUAAAGAUGAUGUUGAAGAUGAUAAAGAUGAUGAUAAUGAUGAAUUCCCCAAAAAACGUGGAGAGGCCAGAGCAGAAGAAGCCAGAGCAGAAGAGGCCAGUCCAAAAGAGGCCAGUCCAAAAGAGGCCAGUCCAAAAGAGGCCAGUCCAAAAGAGGCCGGUCCAAAAGAGGCCAGUCCAAAAGAGGCCAAUCCAGAAGAGGCCGGUCCUAAAGAGGCCAGUCCAAAAGAGGCCAGUCCAAAAGAGGCCAGUCCAAAAGAGGCCAGUCCAAAAGAGGCCGGUCCAAAAGAGGCUAGUUCAAAAGAGGCCAAUCCAGAAGAGGCCAGUCCAAAAGAGGCCAGUCCAAAAGAGGCCAAUCCAGAAGAGGCCAGUCCAAAAGAGGCCAGUCCAAAAGAGGCCGGUCCAAAAGAGGCCAGUAGAGGAGAGGCCAGUAGAGGAGAGGCCAGUCCAAAAGAGGCCAGUCCAAAAGAGGCCAGGCCAAAAGAGGCCAGGCCAAAAGAGGCCAGUCCAAAAGAGGCCAGGCCAAAAGAGGCCAGGCCAGAAGAGGCAAGUCCAAAAGAGGUCCGGAGACACUACACUACUCUUCUCUACCUGCCAAUUAUAGUCACUGUUCACUGCUCUCCUCCAAUCAUCAGUAAACUGCAUUUUACACUGUUCAACAAUUCUUCACAGAAUGUUCAUCUCUGUUCUUCCUGA